UCAAAAAAAAAAAACAUUUCUUUGCGGACAAGGAAGGGAAGGUAUCAGCACAUUCUGUGUCAACAGCAAAUCUUGAACAUUUUGGUCUUUUUUGUUUUAAUAACUGAGAUGGAAUCAGAAUUGGGUUGGGGGAGGGGGGAUGUCAUGACCCUAAAACUUUCUUUUGGAAGGAGAAUUCUACAAAAAUUCUUCUCGAAUUUAAAUAUAUUGAAAACAAAUGAGGGGUUAAGUGCAGAAAUCUAAGACUCGAGCUUGUUUGUGGUACAUGCGCAAAGGUUUUCUACUGUUGCUGCAGCUAACCUUCGACCAAUGAUAUUGGCUGUUUCCGGGAAAUUUGGAGAGGAAAAGAGAGAGCUGCCAGGGGAAGAGGAGAGGGCAGUCCGAGAAGAAAAAUGCUGAUGAUGGUAGCAAUACUGGUAAUGACAAUAGUCAUGGCAUCAUAUGUAAUAGUAUGGAGAUUGAGAAGUAGAAGAAGAAAGAGAACGGCUGCUGAUCCAAAAAUUGAGAGGGAAGUAGGAAAAGAAGUUCGGGUGUCUUCUGCAGAAUUACCUUCAGAUAAAAACGUAGAUCGUCGUGAAGUUGAGGUAUGCCCUGCAACUUCUAGUUCGUCGCCCUUGUCCGCACCAGGUGCGGGAGAUGAAGGCGAGGACCGCGCGUUGUCAUCUUUAGGGACUCCUGGAGAACCUUCAGCAUCAGAGGAUGGCUCUGGUGGUGCGCUUGAGUUUGAAGUGUUCAUCAGCUUCAGAUGGCAAGACACAGCCAAUGGCUUCAGUUGGCAACUCCAUGAGGCACUUAAGCACAGGGAUAUUCGUGCAUUCCUCAUGGAUGCCGAUGCAGAUAUGUUGAAGACGGGGAAUAUGAUGGAGACGGCAUCCAAGGCCAUGAACAGGGCGGAGGUCUUCAUACCCAUCUUCUCCAGAGGCUACGCGGAGAGCACAUCCUGCCUGGAGGAGAUAGCCAAGAUGGUAGAAUGCAAAAAAUUGAUGCUUCCAGUGUUCUAUGACGUUGAGCCACGGGAUGUCAGAAACCAAAAGGGACCAUUUGAAGCAGCCUUCAAGAGAUAUGAAAAGGACGAGGGAUUGGACAAGAAGAAGCUGAAGGCAUGGAGGGAUGCUCUUAAGGAAACGGGGGAAUUCAAGGGAUAUGAUGUGCAAAACGAGGCUGAUGGGUUCUCUCUCUCUCAUUCUCUCUCUCUGAUGAAACCCUUCAUAAUGAAUAGACUUGUAUUUGGCUUCUCGCAAACUACCCUACUUGUGUUUUGUUUGUGUAUUCUUGUCACCACCAGAUAUUUAUCAAGCUUUUUUUUUUGCAGGCAAGAGGGAAAGUUUAUCCAUUUGAUCGUUAAGAGGGUUUUAGAUAGAUCACACAAGAUUGACGUGACGAAGUACCCAGUUGGGCUUGAUUCCCGAGUGUACCAUGUGAUGAAAUUGUUGAAUCUUGAAGAUUAUGUUGCUCGAAUGAUUGGCAUUUAUGGUAUUGGAGGAGUUGGAAAGACAACUGUUGCCAAGGCUAUCUGUAAUGGAAUCUCAUCCAGCUUUGAGGCUAGCUGUUUUCUUUCGGAUGUUAAGGAAGUAGCGAAAGAUUUUAACGGACUUGUUUCCUUGCAACAGCAACUUAUUAUCGAGGUUUUGAAUGAUAAGCAUACAUCUGUAACCAGUGUCAGUCAAGGAAUAAACGUGAUCAAGAAAAGAGUUCAUUGCAAGAGCGCCCUUAUUGUUCUUGAUGAUGUUGAUGAUGAUAAUCAGAUUAAAGCUUUGGCUGGUGCUAGAGAUUGGUUUCACCCAAAAAGUAGAAUAAUUAUCACCACAAGAGAUAAGCAUGUUUUAAAUUUGCAAGGAAUCGAGGAACAUGAGAUGUAUCAUCUUGAGGAACUGGAUGGUGAACAAUCACUUCAACUUUUCAGCUACCAUGCUUUUGGGAGACCCAAGCCUAUGAACAAAUAUGUAAAGUUGUCUAAGAAGGUUGUAGAGUGUACAGGUGGGCUGCCACUAACGCUUGAAGUGCUGGGAUCGCUUUUCUUUGAUAAGAACAGUAUAGAGGAAUGGGAAUACUUGUUGAAGACCCUAAAGGAGAAUCAACAUAAAAAUGUUUAUAUGAGUCUCAAACUAAGUUAUGACGGACUCGAUCAAACGGAAAAGCAAAUAUUUUUGGAUAUUGCAUGCUUUUUUGUCAGAAAUGGCAAGGAAAAUGCAAUUUUUAUGUGGAAAGACUGUAACUAUUUUCCGAUUAUAGGAACUAAAGUAUUGUUGCAUAAAUCUCUUAUUAAAAUUUCUCCAAGCAAGGAUGAAUUUGAAAUGCAUGAUCAGAUUAGAGACAUGGGCCGGCAAAUUAUUUUAGAAGAAAAAUGUCCUGGGCUGCGUACAAGGCUGUGGAAUGACAAAGAGGUUUUGGAUGUGUUGCGAAAUCUCAAGGGAACCAACAAAAUUGAAGGUAUUGCUUUUCAUCGCAGUGUGGAAGAUUUGGACACAAAACAGUUUGAGGAGAUAUGUAGACUCAGGCUACUUCGAAUGCGUUAUGCUAGAUUCCAAGGUCCAUACCAUCAUCUGCCUAGUACAUUGAAAUGGUUGGAGUGGAAGGGAUGCCCAUUGGAGUCAUUACCGACAGACUUUAAUCUAGGGGAAGUUGUUGUACUUGAUCUAACGGAAGGCAUGGUAACUCAAGUUUGGAGUCAAGGGUCAAGGUUCACAAGAAAUCUAUUUCCUUUCAAACAUUUUAUAAGUUGGUUUCCUGAAAUUAGUUAUCCCUACAAUUUUAACAGAUUGAGAGUUCUCAAUCUCGGUUUAUGCAAGAAUCUCAUUGGUACUCCUGAUUUUACUACUAUGCCAAAUCUGUUCAAGUUGAUACUUAAUAAAUGUGGUAAAUUGGUCGAAGUUCAUGAAUCAAUUGGCCACCUGAAGAGCUUGGUCUUCUUGAGUAUGCAAAGUUGUGUCUCUCUGAACAACCUCCCAGACAGUGUCUGUCAUUUGAGUUCUCUCAAAACACUUGAUCUUCAUGGCUGUUACAAGAUUUCAGCUUUACCAGAGCAGUUGGGAGAUUUGAUAUCAUUAAAGGACCUCAUCCUGGUUGCAACUAAAAUAAAAACUCUUCCUGAAUCCAUGACAAAUAUGAAGAAUCUUGUGCUGCUAUCUUUAGUCCGGUGCACAUCGUUGAAUCAUCUGCCUGAGCAGAUUGGAAGAUUGGAAUCAUUGAAAGAGCUUAAGUUGAACCAAUGUACCAUACAGAGACUUCCACAAUCCAUUGGGCAGUUGACCAACCUUCAAAUACUGGAUGCUGCAUCGUGCACAUCACUUGUGUCUUUGCCAGAAUGUAUUAGCAAUUUAAAGAAUUUGAAGCAGCUUUUUCUAGAUGAUACAUCCAUUAAAGAUUUGCCUGAAUCUAUCGGUUUACUGAAAAAUCUUGAGGAAUUAUCAUUAUUUGAAUUAGGUAUUAGGGAGCUGCCUGACAUCUUUGGAGGUCUCACGAAAUUGAAGGUUUUAAACUUGUGCAAUCCACAUCUCAAAGUGCUUCCUUCUAGUAUGUUCCAUCUGCACUCCCUGGAGAGGUUGUAUGAUGUCGACUGUAACUGGUUAGAGGGGACAGAUAUGAUUGAUUUUAGUGAUUUAUGUUCACUAACCCAGUUAAGCAUCAGGGGAGACAAUGUGUACAUGCUACCAUCAAGUCUGAACAGCUUUCCAAAACUUCAGGUGCUUACUCUAAAUUACUGCAAGAAUCUCAAGUUUAUCCCAACACUUCCACAUUCAUUGACCAGACUUUCUGCAAGUGAAUGCCCUUCUCUGGAAAAAAUCUCAAAUGUUUCACAUCUGAAUGCCCUGCGGAGCAUAUCGCUAAGAGACUGCACGAAACUUGUGGACAUUCCUGGUCUUGAAAAACUAAGACACUUGGAAGAAUUGCAUCUUGGAGGAUGUAGCAGCCUUACCCACGUCGUAAGGGACAGAAUAAAGGUAGCAAACUUUGAGCAUUUGUUGAAAAUGGGGAUCUCUGGAACUCCGACUUCUUCAGGUGGACAGAUAUCUUUUGUUAUUCCCAAAGUGCUGAACAUAAGUAGAGUUCAAAUCUCAAUAGUAGGAAGUUUCGAUUGCGACCAAAAAUUAACAGGUCAUAUUGAAAUUGUCAAGGAAGAUUGUUUAAUCUUUGAGACCAGAAGGGAGGCUGUUUAUCAGUACUUCUGCGCUUUUCGAUUUGGGGAGGAAGACGACAUGGUCAGGCAAAUAGGGAGUGGAAAUGGUUACAGGAUUGUGCGUGUAUCAUUGGAUGAUGGUCUCAUAACAGGAGGCGACAUCUUUGUUGGCACUCUUUGAGCUGCCUAAAAUUUGCUCAGCCAGCAGGCAUUUGCUUGGCUUCUCCACUAUUUUGGCAAUGUGGAUAGCAUUGCCGGUUGACCAAGUGUUACGGUUCGCCUGGUUCUUCAGAACCGACUAGUAAUGGCUACCUUUGGAGGAAACUACGACAGAAAGCAUUCUGAAAACUGCAGUUAAGUUCAAGCUAUGAUGAAACAUCAUUCGGGACUUGAAUUACAUGCAGAACACACAAUCACGAAAGAAACAGAUGCGGAGAAUUCCGUGUGCUACUGAAAAUGAUUUCUAACGUGAUUAAUGAAUGUUAUAAUUCUUGUAGACGAAUGUCAAUAAAUUUGAUUUAGAUUCGA